ACCAAUUCUGUGCUCAGUCGAGGAAUUUUGCUGCCAGGAUUUUUAAACGUAUAUUUUUUAGCAGUGAUCACUAAUCGACUUUUUUUGUGUUGUUUUGCAUUCGGUUUAGUGCAAACACCAGAUGUAAAUGAUGUUUAAGUAUCACAUCCGCAUGGUUUUCAAUGACCUAAAAGUGCUGGUUUUGAUGAGAUCUUUUACGAUGCAAAGGAGCGAGCAAGAUUUAGAGACGGGCCAGAGGAGGGAAGGAGAAGAGGAAGGAGGAGGAGGAGGGCGGCUGGUUGGAUCGGGAUGCGGCUGGCCUCCGUUCCCCAAUUGCUCGUCCCGGGCCGACGAGGAUUGUUACGGGGCGGAAGGUGCCGGAGCUGGAGGGGGACAGGAGGAGAAAGAGAGCAAUGCGCCUCUCCAGACCGGGAUGGACUCGGUGUCUCUCAGUAGCACCGAGAGCCCAUUGUGCAGGAUCUGUUUCCAGGGACCAGACCAGGGUGAUUUACUGAGCCCUUGUCGGUGUGACGGUUCCGUGCGCUGCACUCACCAGCCGUGCCUAAUCCGCUGGAUCAGCGAGCGAGGCUCAUGGAGCUGCGAGCUAUGUUACUUUAAAUACCAGGUCCUGGCAAUCAGCACCAAAAAUCCCCUGCAGUGGCAGGCAAUCUCCCUCACAGUGAUUGAAAAGGUGCAGAUAGCCGCCAUCAUCCUUGGCUCCCUCUUCCUAAUUGCUAGCAUCUCCUGGUUAAUUUGGUCCUCCCUCAGUCCGUCGGCUAAGUGGCAGAGACAGGACCUGCUCUUCCAGAUCUGUUACGGCAUGUAUGGCUUCAUGGACAUCGUCUGUAUAGGCCUCAUCAUUCAUGAGGGAUCAUCUGUGUACCGAAUCUUUAAGCGCUGGCAAGCUGUUAAUCAGCAAUGGAAGGUACUGAACUAUGAAAAAUCCAAGGACCUAGGGGAAGCCAUUAGUGGGACAAGCAAGACAGGGGGAAGACAUUCACGGACGAACCAUUCAUCAAACAAUGACAGGAGUUCCACUCAGCGCACUGGAACCAUUUUGAAUCAUCACUGUGGAUAUACCAUCCUGCACAUUCUCAGCUAUCUGAGGCCUAACAACACUCAGAACGGUAACAGUUCAAAUAGAGAGCUGGUCAUGCGAGUUACAACAGUCUGAAAUGAAAUAAAAAGGACAACUUACUGUUCACAAACUUUACAGACUCUCCACAAAAAAAAACAAGUACCACCACCAGGGUUGUAAAAGGAUGUUAACUGAAGUGUCAGAAUGAGAUCAGUAAGCUUGGUGUGAUGGAACGAAAAAUAGGCCUGGACACAGGCCCCAACCUCUAUGUCUGGAAUUUGCCAUCUUUGUUUUCUAAACAUUUUUUAAAAAAAUCUCACUUGAAGAAAGCUUGGAAACCCCAGACCCAGAAUUUUAUAAAGGGAGAAAAAAGAAACAAACUGAAUCAAUGAAUAAUGGAACGCAAAAGAGUUUGUUUAAAAACUGCCCCCCCAGAAACGUGCAAUAACGAACAUCAGUUCCAAUAUGCUGUGGGAUCUCGGCAAUAAGUUAUCUAUGUAUUUCACCUUUUAAUUUAAUGCAUG